GGGAGAGGAGCGAGAGGUGCGAGAGGCGCGAGAGACCCCGAGAGUUUGGCGGCGACAGACAUCCCCCGAGAGCGACGGCCCGCGGGGCCCCAGAGGCGCUUCCCAGCCCGAUGUAACCCACGCACCCUGCCCGAGCCCCAGCCCUGCACGGCGGGGGUAAUGUGAGCAGAGCCCAGGAAUGCCUUAUGUGGAUCGGCAGAACCGAAUCUGUGGGUUUCUGGACAUCGAGGAGAAUGAGAACAGCGGCAAGUUUCUGCGGAGGUACUUUAUCCUGGACACGCAGGCCAACUGCCUUCUCUGGUACAUGGACAACCCCCAGAACCUGGCAGUUGGGGCAGGAGCCGUCGGAUCUUUGCAGCUGACCUACAUCUCGAAGGUGAGCAUAGCCACCCCAAAGCAGAAACCCAAGACUCCAUUUUGCUUUGUCAUCAACGCCCUCUCGCAGAGGUAUUUUCUUCAAGCCAAUGACCAGAAAGAUCUGAAGGACUGGGUCGAAGCCCUGAACCAAGCCAGCAAAAUCACUGUACCCAAAGUUGGGAACCUGCCCCUGACGACCGAAGUUCUCAAGAGCCUAGCAACUCCUCUGGCCCUAGAAAAGAAGCCACAGGUGGCCUACAAGACAGAGAUCAUCGGAGGCGUGGUGGUACACACGCCCAUCAACCAGAACGGUGGGGAUGGGCAGGAAGGGAGUGAGCCCGGCUCCCACGCCAUCCUUCGAAGGUCUCAGAGUUACAUCCCCACGACAGGCUGCCGUGUCCCCACCGGCCCCCCCCUCAUUAAGAGCGGCUAUUGUGUGAAGCAAGGGAAUGUGCGCAAGAGCUGGAAACGGCGCUUCUUUGCGCUGGACGACUUCACCAUCUGCUACUUCAAGUGUGAGCAGGACCGAGAACCACUGCGUACCAUAUUCCUCAAGGAUGUUCUCAAGACCCACGAGUGUCUGGUCAAGUCUGGUGAUCUGCUGAUGAGAGACAACCUGUUUGAAAUCAUAACCAGCUCCAGGACCUUCUACGUGCAGGCAGACAGUCCAGAAGACAUGCACAGCUGGAUUAAGGAGAUCGGGGCAGCUGUCCAGGCCCUCAAGUGCCACCCCAGAGAAAUGUCCUUUUCUCGAUCCAUUUCUUUGACCCGCUCUGGAAGCUCCAGCCUCUCAGGGGGGCCCAACUCUGUCUUGGGCAGAGGGCGGCUGCCUCUGGAGGAGAGAAGGGCCCUCUGCAAAGCCCCCUCCAUGGCUUCCUCCUGGCAGCCCUGGACACCUGUCCCCCAGGCUGGGGAAAAGCUGCUGCCCACUGAAGAGACUCCUGAGGACUCUUUGUUCAUGCCUCGACUUGGGGAGAGCAGUACUUCUGGGGUGCUGCCCAGCUCCCGGAUAAGGCACAGAUCGGAGCCCCAGCACCCCAAGGAGAAGCCAUUUGUGUUCAACCUCGAUGAUGAAAACAUACGGACCUCUGAUGUGUGAUGAGGCGCAGUGCCCAGGAGGGAGGGGGAGGACUCAGAUGUCCAAGGGGCCGUGACUCAGUUUCUCCACCUGCUGGAGGACAGUCAGAGGCCUUCCUGGCACUCACAUCCCUGUGGAGCUCUCUUGGGGGAGGGGAGCGCCCAGCUGUUUGUUUUUUUUUUUUUUAAAAAGUCAAUGCAGUGUUUUUAAUUCGGGAGAGUCACUAGGUUAGACCUGUAGGCUUGCUCAGUGGAGAGCGGGGUGCCUCUUACUUUGACUCUUCCAUGGUCCACCUGGUGAGCGGAGGUUGGAAGUCCAAUUUCAUCCCUAACCAAGUUUUAGUUCCUUGUCCUUGUCUUAUUAGCUUCUUCCCUUUGUUUUCAGGCCGGGCGCAGAACCUUGAGGCCAGUCAUCUGGUUUUAUCCUAUUCCUGUUCAUUGGCUGAAGUUUGACUGUGAAGUAGGAGGGUGGGAACGAACCCAGCUGAAACUGGGGGAGGCGGUGGGGGACACCCAGGCUCCAGCUUGGCCUGGAUACAUUCUGAGGGGAGGUGUUAAAAUCUGGACGCUGGUCGGGGGGGCCCUGAGUGUCGACCAGGGUAGAUUCCCCCCUCCUCCGGGGGACCUCCAUAGGGGAAGAAAUGGGGACCUCCAUAGGGGAAGAAAUGGGGACCUCCAUAGGGGAAGAAAUGGGGACCUCUUGUAAGGAAUGGGAGAAUGCACUCCCAACCCCAGUGCAUCAGCCAGUUUUGGGAAUUACUCUUUGACCACAAAUACUGUCACUGUGAGAGACAGACCUGCCCACCCUGUUGCUGUGUCAGGCCCUUAGGAUGGGUUUAUCAGUGUUCAGUGCUGAGAACAGAACAGACAUUGCCCUUGAUAUGGCGUUGCUUGGAAUGUGUGGAGGGUUGAUGAGUGUAUGAUAAUUCACUUGUGUGAUACAUCAGAUCUGUAUUUUAGAGUUUGAGAGUUGCUUUAAAGCAGGUGCCGGGAAGAGAUGGAGUUUAGUUCAUCCAGCUAAAAAUUUUUGAUCCGUGUUUUCCAGACAGAAGAAAAGGUCUCUUUUCGCAAAGACAGGUUAUCUUGGGUCCUUGCCUCUCAGCUCUUCUUUCAUGGGCCGAUAGUAGUCUAAUUUUAAGUGCUGUAUAUUGUAUACCUUGGCAGAUUUGCUUUCUUUCUGUUCUUUGUGUUGCCCUUUGGAUGAUGCCUCGUGUCUGUACUUGCAUGAUGAAAUCUUGUCAUCUGACGAGGUUCUAUGUACAUACCAGUGAGGAGAUAACAAAGAUAAUCUUGAGAGAUAUUUAUAUCUUUAAUAAAAUAGAAACUGUGCAGAGAAACAUUGAUUUAGAGCCUAUGCAUUGCUGGUUAGAGAUUUCCCAGGUAGAAGAGCAUAGAUUGUAUUUCCCAUCCCGUAUUUUAGGAUGUACCUUCUUCCAUUUGACAAGAGAUCCUAUUUCCAGGGUCCCUGGGAGAAAUUAUCUGUCCAGCUUAUGUGGGGAACUGCUACCAAGGUUCCCUAAAGGGAGGGAGCUUAACUCAGUUCUAUCUAGAACUCUUUAUCAGCUAGAUCAGUUAAUUUUGUCUUUAAAUUAAGAAUUAACGAGUAGAGGAGGAGACUAUGAUCAGAAAAUCCUUAGUGGCUUGAGGGAAAUCUGUUUGUUUGUUUCGGGCAGUGUAGUUUCCUUGAAGUCUGUGUCAGGUUGAGAACUCUUCUUGACCAUACUGCUUUGGAGAUAACUUUCACUUAAAGUGUUUGCCCUAGUGGUCCUGGUAUAAAAAAGGAAAUCUUCUCUAGAUUUCUCUCUCUCUCUUUUUUUCCCCCUCUUUUCUGCAGCCUCCUGUAUACUUUUGUCCUUAGAAAUCCCUGGUUUAGAGAUUAUUUAUUUAUGAGUGAUCAAGGUGACAACAUACUUCAGGUAGCCUGAUUUCAAGAAGCCAUUACAAAUUCUUAAAGUUCUUUGUCUCAGGUUUCAUCUUCAGAUUUUCCUCAAGAAAAUUCUUUGGCUAGGUGAAAGAAAGUGCACAGAGAUAUGGAACUAACAAAGAGAAAUUGGGAACUUUUGAGAUCUCUGUAAACAUUCCCUAACUCAUGGAAAGAUGUCAUCUCCUGGUGUUUAAGUUGUGAAAAUCUACCCAUUUCUUCCUCUUUUAAAUAAACUCUCUGCUAGAUUACUACUGCUAAAUUAAUUGGCCAUUAUGGUAAGCUGAUCUGUUUCUUACUCAUUAAGGUUUAUUUUGAGAAUGUAUUAAAUUAAACAUACUUAUAAAUCCAGAUUGUAUUAUCAUAAUAGAGGGGAAACAAGGAUUCUAGUUGGCAGAUACUUGGGAAUUCCAAGUUAGAGCGUUGUUAAUGUAGUUCCAACGCCAGAUAAAUAUAAUUAUCUUCAAUGAAGCUUAGAGGCAUUCUCAUUGCCAAAUCUUAUUUCAGAAUUCCUUUUGUGUUCAUAUUUCUUAGCUUCUGGUUAAUUUCACAUCACACCUUUUAAUGUCACUACACAUGUGAGCCAAAGAUGGUGCAUAUACGACCAAAGCAUUUGGUUUCAAAUGUGAAAAAUGGAACCAAAUGGAAAAAACAAGGAGGGGAUGCAAUAUCGAUUAGUAGUUAAGUGCAUAGGCUCUGGAAUAAAUUUGUUUUUUGUUUUGUUUUGUUUUGUUUUAAAAAAAAAGGAACCAAAAAAGGUACUGCAUUUUUUUGUGUGUGUGGAAUAAAAACAUUCUCUGAGUUGUGCUGUUUUCAUAAGACUUUUGACGUGGUCUUGACCCACUGUGUGUAACAAUUUCAGGUGUCUCCCCAUAGGUGAACUAUUAUUGUCCACUGUUCUUGAAAGUUAAGGAAUUGCUUGCUCAGGGUCAGCUGAUGGCUGGUGAACGUAGUUUGGCCUUCUGCAUUCUGUGAGAUGACAGUCGUACUAAGGUGUCCAUCAGGUAAAGCGAUCUCAGGUGAAAAUUGCAGAGUUACACAUCUGUUUUUGAGUAGAAUGCUGAGCUCCCAUGAGAAAGAGUCCAACUUCAUAGUUCACUUGAAGCAGAAGGUGGUUUGUUUUUGUUUGAUUUUUUUCCCCCUGAAUGUAAGUGUGCUCUGAUAUGGGCUAAAAGGAUCCUUAAUAAAUAAGUGGCAGAUUCAGUAGUUGAGCAGUGGGAUUUGAUAUGUUUGUUUUCACUGUUAACCAGAUAAAUAGGCAUAAGGAAGUAGCAGAGUUUUGGAAACUGAGUUUCCCAAAUCAGCUUUGUUUAUAAACUUUGAACAUGUCAGAAAUGGACAGAUUUAUGACAUCUUUUCUACCAAUGUCACUUUUUUCCCUUAGUCCCUUUUUCUCUCUGUUACUGCCUGCAGUAGUGAAUUAGUCACUCAUGCUCGGUAGAGUUUGAAUAAAGCGAAUAUUUGGCCAAAAACCAUACUGUUUGACCCCUUCCCCCGCUGCUCCCCAAGGUGUAGCAUGAUUCUGUGUUUUGAACCAGUUCGUUUCAGCUGUGAAAUGCACUGACUGUAGGCUGAGCUGAGUGCAUGGAAACUCUUAUGCUUCUCAUUUUAAGCGAUCUCCUACUUGGUAUGUAGCAAAAAAUAAUUUUCUAAAACUGUUUUGUCGCUUGUUUUGUAAUAAAA